UAGAUAUGUGCAGCUCGAUCCAGCAAAUAACAAAUACUAAACUCUUGUAGACCUUUAUAAACGAGACGUUCUGAAAAGGAUGUGACAAUUUAGGAACGAAAUCGCUAAUUUCCGGAUAUUAUACCACCUACUGUAAUGUCUAUUCAACAGUAUGAAGGCCCCUUCGAAUAACUUAAUUCUUUCAUCAUUGCACGUAACCUCUGAACCACCUAUUCUGCUUGUGGUACGUACGGUGCACAAGUAGCGAUCCAGAAUGACUUCUGGGAAAAUGGAUAAAACUGUUAAAAAAGUGGCGCCUUCCAGGUCUUUGAGCAAGCAGGAUGAAUUGUUGCAGGCCCAGACGCAAUAUUUUCUCAAUUUGCAAGAGAGAAAGCUGACUAAGGAGGAGAAAAUAAAGAAGUUCAUAUGGGACCCUGAAACUAGGAAGUUUAUGGGCCGAACUUCGUCUAGUUGGGCCAAAAUUGGUAUUUUCUACUUAAUUUUCUAUGGAAUGCUUGCGGCUCUAGUAGCCAUCUGUAUGUGGGUCUUCUCUCAAACUCUGAACCCAAGAAUUCCAAAAUGGAUGAAUGAAGAAUCUAUAAUUGGUACAAACCCAGGAUUAGGUUUCAGGCCGAUGCCCGAGAACAACGAAGAAAGCACACUUAUUUGGUUACGUGGUUCCAAUAAAACUAAUUACGAGAAGUGGAAGGCUAACCUCAUGAACUUUUUAGACAUCUAUUACACCCCUGGUAAAAUAGAAAAAGGAAAUGUGCCAAUAAAGCGUUGUUCGUAUGACGAACUACCAAUACCUGGUCAAGUUUGCGAUAUAGACGUCCGAAAAUGGGAACCUUGCACACCUGAUCGUCACUUCGACUAUCACAGGAACUCACCCUGUAUCUUCCUGAAACUGAAUAGGAUAUAUGGGUGGGUGCCAGAGUACUACAACGAUCCUAAUGAUCUCCCAGAUGAUAUGCCUCAACAACUUAAGGAUCAUAUCACAUAUAAUAUUACUCGGGAAAAAGAGAGGAACAAUAUUUGGAUCUCUUGUACAGGCGAAACUCCAGCAGAUAACGAAUAUUUAGGACCUAUCAAAUAUUAUCCUUCAUAUCAAGGAUUUCCAGGAUACUAUUACCCUUAUAUGAACUCGGAAGGUUACUUGAGUCCUUUGGUUGCUGUUCAAUUCAAAAGGCCAACUUCUGGUUUAGUCAUAAAUAUUGAAUGCAGAGCAUGGGCCAAAAACAUAAAAUAUAACAGACAUGACAGAAGUGGAUCGGUACAUUUCGAAUUACUGAUUGACUAAAAUCGAAGUGAUGUUUAAAACUGCUGGACAGAAAUAUACAAAGCAAUAUUAUAAAUGAAUUUAUAGUUUAUUUGAUGUUGUUUUUUCAAUAAUGUGUUCGUCUGGUAUUAUAGAAUCUAAUGGCAGCUAUUUUUGUCCAGUAGUCAAUUCCGAGCCAAAAUGUAGCAACUGAUAGUAAGAUGAGAUACUGAUUAGGUUAGUUUUUUUGUUGUUAUUUCAGUUUUGAAUAUUUAUUACCAGACGUCGAUGUACAAUGUAUAUUUUGAUAAAAUAAAACACCUUUAUAAUUUU